UUAUGUUUAAUUAUUGUGUGCUUUAAAAUACUAAAACAACUAUUUUCGUGUUUUGUGCACUUUUAACUUUUGAAUGAUUAAAAUUUUAGCUGACGAUGAAAUCAAAAUUGAAAUAACUGAUGAUGACAUUAAAGUUGAAGAUGACAACAAUCUACCUGGAGAAAUGAAAAACUAUUCAAAUCCACAGUUAAUGUUAAAUGUAGCAAAACCACCAUUAAAACCCUAUAUUCACUCAAGUUUGGACGUUAUUCAAAAUAAAUUUCUUAAAAUUCAACCAGGAAAUAAUGUGAGAUACCGUCCUUAUAAUAUUUUACGGACCUCUAAGAAAAGUCCUGUAGGUCUACCAAAAGAAAUGGUAAAAAUAUUACCAAAACCAAGUUGGAAAAUUCACAGUUUCAUAUCGCCAAAGAAAGAAUCUCCAAAACAGAAACAAAAAGCUUAUGAAAGAUUUAAUCAACAAUUGCAGGACAACAAUGAUGUGUUAAUGACUGCUGAUAAUAAAAUAAAUGAUGCACAAAGUAGUUCUACAAAUGACUUCUUAUAAUUACAUGUAAAUUUUAAAUUUAA